AUGUGUGCUCAUUCAAGAUUCAUCAUCUUCCUCAUUUUACACUAUCUUCAAUUUCUCACUUCAUCCACUCCUUGUUAUGCAAUCAAGAAUUCAAAUCCCAAUAUUCUUCAGUAUCCAUGCAUUCCACCCCACUUCAAUUCCUACCCUUUUUGCAAUACCUCGAAUCCCACCAAAAACAGAGCAGAAUCCUUAAUCUCCCUCUUAACAAUCGAUGAAAAAAUCCAACUCCUCUGCAACAACUUUUCCGGAAUUCCAAGGCUGGGAAUUCCUCCGUAUGAGUGGUGGUCGGAAUCCCUCCACGGCGUCGCCACAAAUGGACCUGGGAUCACGUUCAAUGGAACUAUUAAAUCCGCCACAAGCUUCCCCCAAGUCAUCCUCACGGCGGCGGCAUUCAACAGAACCCUAUGGGCGGAGAUUGCUUCGGCUAUAGCAGUUGAGGCCAGGGCCAUGUACAACAUGGGACAAGCUGGAUUGACAUUUUGGGCGCCUAAUAUUAACAUUUUUAGGGAUCCCAGAUGGGGGAGGGGUCAAGAAACUCCUGGGGAAGACCCUAUGGUGGCUGCUGCUUAUGCUAUAGAGUAUGUGAGGGCAUUUCAGGGUCAAAAUAAGAGAAUUUGGAGGAGACAUAAACAUGGGUUUUUGCAAAGGAGAGUGUUGACAAAUGAUUAUGGGAGUGAUAAAUUAAUGUUGUCUGCUUGUUGCAAACAUUUCACUGCUUAUGAUUUGGAGAAAUGGGGGCAAUACACCAGAUAUAAUUUCAAUGCUGUGGUAACAGAUCAGGAUAUGGCAGACACAUAUCAGCCACCAUUCCGGGCUUGCAUCCAGCAGGGUAAUGCAAGCUGCUUGAUGUGUUCAUACAAUAGUGUAAAUGGAGUACCAGCAUGUGCAAAUCACAAUCUGUUACAGAAAGCUCGAACCGAAUGGGGUUUUCAAGGAUACAUUCCUUCGGAUUGUGAUGCUGUGGCUACUAUAUAUGAAGACCAGAAAUACGCAAAAACACCAGAGGAUGCAGUUGCCAGUGCUCUCAAAGCAGGAACUGAUAUUAAUUGUGGAACGUAUAUGCUAAGGCACACUAAAGCUGCAAUCGAGCAGGGGAAGGUUUCGGAGGGAGACAUAGACAGAGCAUUGCUCAAUCUGUUUUCUGUACAACUCCGACUUGGUCUUUUUGAUGGAGCUUCUAUGAGAAAUCGAUACCGGAACUUUGGACCUCGAGACGUAUGUUCUUCAGAGCACAAGAAGUUGGCUCUUGAAGCAGCAAGGCAGGGUAUUGUGCUUCUAAAGAAUGACAAGAAAUUCCUGCCAUUACAUAAACAGGGUAUCUCUUCACUAGCCAUUAUCGGCCCUCUUGCGAAUUCAACCAAUUUGGGCGGUGGCUAUGUAGGAGUUCCAUGUGAACUAAAAAGCAUUCUUGAAGGGUUCCAAGAACAUGUAGAGAACACGUAUUAUGCUGCGGGUUGCAAAGAUAUACCUUGCAAUUCAAGCUCUGGUUUUGCAGAAGCUCUGUCUAUUGCUACAGAAGCCGAAUAUGUAAUUGUUGUGGCUGGAUUGGAUUUAUCACAAGAAACAGAGGACCAUGACCGGUAUAGUCUUCUCUUGCCUGGGUAUCAGACGGAACUCAUUAAUUCUGUUGCUGCCUCAAGUAAGAAACCACUGAUUUUAGUUCUUACCGGUGGUGGACCAAUUGACAUAUCCUUUGCCAAGGGAGACCUGCGUAUUGCUAGCAUUCUUUGGAUUGGUUACCCUGGAGAAACUGGUGGAAGAGCACUCUCAGAUAUUAUCUUUGGACACUGUAAUCCAGGCGGAAGACUACCCAUGACUUGGUAUCCUGAGUCAUUUACCAGUGUACCAAUGAGCGACAUGAACAUGCGAGCUGAUCCUUCUCAAAAUUACCCAGGAAGAACCUAUCGGUUUUACAUUGGAGAUAGACUCUAUGGGUUUGGAUAUGGAUUAAGCUACACAAGUUUUACAUACAAAAUUCUAGCAGCUCCAAGCAAACUGAGUUUAUGGGGUUUUAUCAAGGCUGGACAACGAAGGAACAUGCUUUCUGAGAGAAGUAAUAGCCUCGAUUAUAUUUUUGUUGAUAAGGUGGAAUAUUGCAACUCAUUGAGGUUCCACGUGCAGAUUUCUGUGACAAAUAAUGGAGACAUGGAUGGAAGCCAAGUUGUUCUGUUAUUUUCAAGAACAUCAAAAUCUUUCAAGGGUUCUCCCGAAAGACAGCUUAUUGGAUUUGAGCGCGUCAACACACUAUCCUAUAAAACUGCUGAAAUGAGCUUUCUGGUAGACCCGUGCAAACAUCUUAGCAUUGCAGAUGAACAUGGAAACAGAAUAUUGCCCUUGGGUGAUCAUAUUCUAAUAUUAGAAGACAUGGAGCAUGUUCUUUCAAUUGAAAUGUGA